UUUCAACUUUUCGGAACACGCACCAUGCAGCUCACGGUCAUAGUACUGAGUGUUUUCAGCCUGCAUGUUGUCUUAACGUGCUGUCAGGGGAAAACGAUCAUCACCGAUGACAAAGACAAUGAAGACGCAAUGGUGAAGUUACUGCAGCUGCUGACCAGCGUUCAAUUCGCGCAGACACCUGACGUCGGCAGCCAUGGCAACCAAAGGACCGGCUCUGCUGAUGUCGUAGACUUAAAGACGCCAGACGUCGGUAUCCAUUUCGGCCAAGAUGCCGUCUCUGUGGACGUUACAGACGAACAGACCUCAGACGUCGGUAUCCAUGGCGACCAAGAGGUCGUCCCUGUGGACUUCACAGACGCCGUUCUGAAGGAGAUCAUGGCGGAGAUAACGGAGGGCGUGGACAUUGAUCUUAGCAAAGGUUGCACCCAUGGCAAGUGUGAGUUCUGCAAACGGGCCAAGUGGUUCAAAGUCUGCGUGGAAGCGUCCAUUGUUGGACUGGGCUUUGAAGUGACCGUCUCACUAAAUGGCAAGACGAUUUACCAUAAAGAGAUCAGCGUGCGCAACCCACCGCCUAUCUGCUUUAACCGCAUCCCUGGCCUGAGUAAGCUUGCUGACGUGUGCCUGGUGGUGUACGAUGUUGACCUGGUCAACAAAAAGGCGUGCGUCAAGAUCACCUUCAAGGUCAAGAUUGGUCCCAUCAAGAAGAAGUUCAUUAUUAAGAUAGCAUGCUUUAAGAUCCCGCUUGCAAGCCUUCAAGAGACGGAUCAGGCUUCUGAUAACGCGAGUGGAGCGCUCACUCUCAACGGAUCUUCUGAUAACGCGAGUGGAGCGCUCACUCUCAACGGAUCUUCUGAUAACGCGGGUAGAGCGCUCACUCUCAACGGAUCUUCUGAUAACGCGGGUAGAGCGCUCACUCUCAACGGAUCUUCUGAUAACGCGAGUGGAGCGCUCACUUUCAACGGAUCUUCUGAUAACGCGAGUGGAGCGCUCACUCUCAACGGAUCUUCUGAUAACGCGAGUGGAGCGCUCACUCUCAACGGAUCUUCUGAUAACGCGAGUGGAGCGCUCACUCUCAACGGAUCUCCUCCGUGGAAUCCAUACGUCUAGAUCUCAGCAUCAACACUGACACACACUCACAGUAUUCUUUACUUGGACUUCUUCUUUACUUCUACUUCUUUACUUUCAAAUGGGCAAUAUAAUCCAUACUUACAAGGCUUCCACAAGGGUAUACGCGUUUAUCGAACGCAGCAUAUUAUUUUCCGGUAUUAUGUGACACCAAGGGUGUCAAGAUGAUUACCGAAUCUGUUAACAGGUCCCAUUUUAUCACAGAUCUUUAAAGUCUGAAAGUUUAUCAUUAACUUGUUUUAACAAUGAAGUUUCAUUUAACAUUGUAAGUGUGCACAUACGUUGAAUAUUGUGAAAAGUUUACUGCAAACACAAGAUAAAUAAAACCACUAAAUUCAAACAAAAUCUAUUCAACUGUAUGCAUUAUUAAAAUCUUAUAAGCAAUUCAAUUUUUAACAACGCUGUUCUUCGUGAUCUAUGCUUAGUUUGUUUUACCUGGUGUUAAUAAUUAUAGGAAAAAUAUAUAGUUAAUAUUAUUAGUUAUACCUAUAUCAUAUUUUGUUAUUCAAUCAUUACAAAAAUGCUCAUGUUAAAACAUUAAAUAAUGAAAUAAAAAGUUAAAUCAAAUAA